AUGAUAGAUAAAAAUGAUCAACGACUACUUUCAUCUGCUCACUCUGCAGUAACACCAAGACAAUAUAGACAAUCAAGUCUUCCUAGAGUUUCUCGUCAACAAUCAAUUGAGAAAUGUAUUCAUCGAAGAAAAACAAAUAGUGCAAAAUCAAUGAUCAUCAUUCAUACAAAAAUUCGAUCACAGAAUAAUUCUCUUACUGGAAAUGAAAAUAACAAUGUCAAUAAUAUUGAUAAAUUUCCUUCAAUUAAUGAUCUUGUAAAUUCAAAAUCAAGUUUUAAUCAAAGUUUAAAUGAAUGGUCAAAUAAUAAAACACAAUCUGCUCAUAUUAAAUCACAACAUUCAUCAUUAUCUAAAGAUAAUAUCUCUCGUGAAUCAAUUCAAUUUAAUAGAUCUAGUACAACUAAAACAUUAAAUGAAUAUUCAGCUAGAAAAAAAUCUCUAGGUGAAUAUCAUGAAAUAGUAGAAGAUACAAAAAAGAGAAAAAAACGAAAAUAUUUUUAUUGUUUUUCAUGUCCAUGUGGAGUUUGGUGUUUACUUUGUCUUUUGAUUGGUCUUCUAUUUGGAAUACUUCUUGCUGUUUUAUUACUUCAAUUUUUACCAAAAUCACAAACAACAAUAACAACAACAAUAAGUAUUUCUACAUUAUUAACAAAUACUUCGACGAUAGGUUCAUCUACGACAACGCCAUCAGUAACAACAACAAUUACAUCAACAAGUACAACAACCAAUUAUGUUUGUAGUUUUUCAUGUCUCAAUCAGUCAUGGAUUUCUUCUACUAACUUGCUUGCUAAAUGGGAAUUCGAUAAUAAUCUAAUUGAAGAUGUCAGCAGUUCUUUAACAACUUCUGAUCAAAGUCCUGUGUAUGCCACUGGUUAUGUGAAUGAAGCACUCUUAUUUGAUGCAAAUGCUAAUCAAUCACUAACAUCUCCGUUUAUUACUCUAACAAGUAGCAGUUUUACGAUUGAUGCUUGGAUAUAUCCAACCGGUUUUCCGAAUACACAAGAUCAUAGUAUAGUCGGUCUAUGCCCUUCUACUACUACUUAUGAAUGUCUUCAUUUGACUAUUCAUGAAAAUGGUGGUAAAUAUCUUUAUUUGGGAUUCUAUGGUGAUGAUUGUGAAGGAAAUACAGUAAUAUCACUAAACGAAUGGAUACAUGUUGCAUUUCUAUUUGAAGUGAAUUCAUUGACACAGAGUAUUUAUCUUAAUGGAAAAUUAGAUGUUAGUAGGACAGCAGGAGGACCAUUUAAAGCCAAUACCGAUAGCGUCACAAUUGGAAAUAUACCAGGACUUGAUUCUUUUGCUGGUCCAAAUUAUUUUCAAGGAAUGAUCGAUCGAUUGGCAAUUACAAGUCGAGUUAAAUCAGAAUGUGAAAUUCUUGAAGAAGCUACAUUAUCAACGUAUUUUACUUUUAAUUCAGGUAUUUCGUUUAAUGAUUCAGGGCCUAAUUCUCUAUCAGCUAUUGGAUCAUCUGUUUCAUUCGUGUCUACUGGUCAUUCUCUUGAAGCUAUCUCAUUCAGUGGUUCAACAUCUUCAUAUUUUCAAAUAUCAGGUGUAACUAGUCUUGGUAUUACAAAUCGUCCAUUUUCAAUCUCACUUUGGAUACGACCUCGAUCUUUAUCGGGAACUAUUGUUCAUGUUUCAGCAAAUUCAUCAGGUCUUGGAUGGUGUUAUCCUUUCUUAGGAUUUGCUACUAAUGGUUCAAUUGUUGCUCAAAUGUACAAUAGUAAUGUUAAAUCCGUGAUUGGUCCAUCUAUAUCCGUGACCUCAGAUUGGACACACAUUGUUGAAACAUGGAGUUCAACAAAUGGUCUUCGUCUUUAUGUUAAUAAUAUUUUGGUUGCUUCCACUACUGCGAUGGCCACUUCCUAUAUUGCUAGUUCGGUACAAAAUUAUGUUACAUUAGCAAAUAGUCUUAGUGGCACUGGUAUUUGUGGUGCAGGUCUUCUUGGAUCGAUGAGUCCAUACAAUGGUGACAUUGAUGAAUUCAGAAUUUAUAGUCGAGAACUGACUGCUGCUGAUAUAUGUACACUUUAUAUUAGUUGA